CAACCGUUGAUACAUAUUAUUUAUCUAUGCGUUGAUAUGUGCCUGAAUUGUUGAUCAAUGAUAAAAACCUAUCAGUGGAUGCAAAAGAUCAUUAAAUAGGAUAGGCUGCUUUGAAUGUUAUAUCGAAUCUAAGAAACUAUUACUCUUUGGUGAGACCCGCCUAUGUCAACUCUUGGCGGAAAUUGAGCAACAUAUAUUUUGGUACCAGUUUCUCUACACAAGUCCAGUCAAUUGAAGAUAAACAUCAAUUUUUUCUGCUUCUUUAUUUCACUGCACCAUGACCUUCCAAAAAGUAACUCAUGUUAUAUUUGACAUGGAUGGUUUACUGAUUGAAUCAGAAUCAGUGUACAACAAGAUUAUUUGCGAAAUAGCGGCUGAUUAUGGAAAAGUUUAUGAUUUAAAGACAAAAUUGAAAAUUUUGGGAACACCAGAGCCUGAUACUGCUCGAAUAGCGAUUGAAGAAAUGAAUUUACCAUUAACUUGCGAGGAAUUUCUGAAGAUAUAUCGAAAAAGAGUAGAUGAAGAACUCACCAAUCCUGUCCUCAUGCCUGGUGCCAAAAAAUUGGUUGAGCAUUUGCACAAACACAAGAUUCCUAUAGCUGUUGCUACAUCAUCUGCUGAAGAUUCCAUGAAAAUAAAAACGCAAAAUCAUAAAGAACUCUUUUCAUUAUUUCAUCAUAUUAUUUGUGGAAGUACAGAUCCAGAAGUGAAGCAUGGAAAGCCUGCACCAGACAUAUUUUUGGUAUGUGCUUCUAAGUUUCCUGAUAAACCUGAUCCGUCUCUGUGCCUUGUAUUAGAAGAUGCUCCCAAUGGCGUAAAAGGAGCCAGAGCAGCUGGUAUGCAGGCUGUCCUUGUUCCGAACGAAGAUGUUUCAGAGGAAUUGAGAAAACCAGCCAAUUUGGUACUGAAAUCAUUGUUGGACUUCAAACCAGAAUUGUUUGGGUUACCCCCAUUCAACGACUCCGAUUGAUACUAGUACAAUUCAACGGUAAUUGUGUUCAUUCAAUGAAAACAUGAUUACUUAUCUGUCUUAGUGAAAAUUAUUACCUCAAUGUUUUAAUUUAUUGUUCCUAAGAAUCAACAACCUAUUUUCCUAACGAAGAUCUUUUAAAACUCAAUUAAGAAACUUGAAAAAGAUUGAAUACAAAUAUUCAAUCUGUUUAUUUGAUAAUGUAUUAGGAAUUGAUAGCUAUGAUAUUUGUGGAUCUUUUAU